GUUCGGUGAUGGAUCGCUUGAUUCGUCAAGCACGAACAAUCCGGGGUGAUGUGAUUGCCGAUUCGCGUUAACGUCUGUUCUCGUCGCGGGUAUAUCACUGGCAUCUACUGGACUCAUGCCGCAAACGCCCCCGUUUCAUUCCACGAUGAACGCCAUACCACUUGACCACAACGGGGUAGAAUUGUCUUAUUCUGAUAGUGGUGCCCCGGCCCAAAUCCCUUACAUCACCAUUGUCGCCGUGCAUGGCAUGGGAUUCACGCAUGCAAUUUUUAAGAAAGUACAAGCCAUCGCAUCCAAGGCGAACGUUCGAUUCGUUGCGGUUGUGAGACGUGGAUACAAAGGAUCUAGUCCAUUUUCCGGUGCAGAAAUUGCUGCCCAAACCGGUGGGACGGACGAGGAGAAACUGGACUUCCUUAAUGCGCGGGGCAUCGAGCUCGCCAUAUUUGUCGACAAACUCAUCCGGCAAUUGGAUGUUCCUCCGAUAACUGGAGAUGGAAAGAGCGGAGGAGUUGCCCUUCUCGGAUGGUCUGCUGGCACCAUGUUGACCCUUGCUUCCAUCGCCAACCUGGACAAGCUCUCUCCUGAGUUAAAGACCCGUUUUGCUGCCUAUAUCCGUGCCCACAUCAUGGAAGAACCUCCGUCUGCAUGCCUUGGGCUGCCGAUCCCGCCCCAAAUAUGGUUCUCGCUCGUCGAUCCGAGUAUCCCUGAAAACGAGCGAACCCCAUUUUACACCAGCUGGGUCACGUCUUACUUCGAUCACGGUGACCUGACCAGUCACGAUAUGAACGCUGUCAGUUAUGCUGCACCUAGUUUACGCCGCGCUCCCUCAAUUUAUAACAUGUCGGAGGAAGACGUCAAAAAAAUACUUGUCCCAGAGGUGAUAUUGCACGAGUUUGGCAGUAUUGGUGCAACCUUCACUCAGAAUAUUGUGAUUUAUCGCAAAGCAUGUUAUGAUCCUACUGUCGGAGAGUUGUUGCCAAGGAUGAAAACCUCGGUCUUGGCUGGUGACUCUACCGUGGCGUUCAGCAUGAAUGGCUUGUUGUCCCUGCAAGAUGAAAACAAUGAAAGAAAGGGGGAUAUUCAUUUUGAAGUCGCUCCCGGUUUAAAUCAUUUUAUGCAAUGGGAUGAACCGGAGAAGACAUUCCAAUUGUACAUGAAAUUGGCUUUGCUCUAGUGUGUUGGACAAUCACAUGUCACUAAAUUUUCAUUUCCGGGAUCGACACAGACUGGCCUAAUAAGACAAUCG